AUGGAGGGAGGGACAGCUGCGUGGACAGAGGAGGACAAGCUGGGUCUUCGUAACAACAAGGGACAUAAGGAAAGACAGCGGGCUUUGAUGAAGACACAGCAGGAACAGGGCAAGAAGGAGAGCAGUAGCAGUAGCACGGGUGCCAACAGCAAUAGCAACAACAGCAAAAGCACGAGCAAACAGACCAAGAUGCCGACUCCGCAGGAGAUGCAGGAGUUGUACGACAAAAUCACCCCCUUGCAGAAGAUAGUGACGUUGCAGCACAUCUACAGUCUGUACAUGGCGGCGGCGCAGCAGUCGGAGAAAAAGGAGGUGAGCUUCAACAUCAUACAACUACAGCGAAUGAUCAACUCGAACCCACUGGUAAACCCGGAUUUCGACUUUUUAGACAUCAGCGGAUUUUUGAACAGCAACAAGGACAAACCUGGACGGUCUGGUAGUUACAGCUCGGGCAGUGGCAGCGGUGCUAGCAGUGUGAACUCCAGCAAGGGUCCUGUCAGUCCGGUGCAGUUAAUCCAGAUUUUGACAGAGUCGUUGACGCUGCGUGAUGAGCGUGGCAGGAACGAGCAAGUCAUUCAACAGGUUCCCAACACAAUGCUCUUUAGGUUGAGCAAGUUUAUUGAUUUGAACUUUGUCAAGGACCGUUUAAUCAAACUCCUAAACGCAUAUAAGAACACCACCCUCAAGGAGAUCGAAGACUUGGAAAACAAGUGGAAAACGAAAAAGAGCGAGAUACAGAAGAUCGAGGAGGGCAAAAUGGAUGACGGGGUGUUGUACGAGGAGUUUUUGAAGGACUUGAAGCGGAAACGAGGAGCCGUCGACAAGAAAUCGGUUGUUGAAGUGAAGAAGGAGGGCGGCAGCAAGUCGAUAUCGCCGGCUCCAGAGAAAAGCGGCGGAGACCUGCAAGGGAAGAAGCUGCAGAUAUCGAGGCAUGUCAGUAAGCAGAUAGUGGAGAAGAGUCUAGAGAUGGCUGAGGAGAGCUCCAAUCAGGCUGCGGCAUCGAGCAACACAGCCUCGCCGGUCGUGUCUGGCGAAAGGGCUCCAGAGGGCGUGAUGGCCAAGGAGCAGCCGAAGACAGAUGGCGACAGCAGUCCGGACACUGUGGAGAGUGCGGAGGAGCCUCUGGGUGUGACCGGGAGGUCCGAGACGGCGACGACGCCGAAGGCGAAGAAGGACGUUUCGCAAGUGAGGGAGGGCUCGGAGAAAGAGGAUGACAAGGAGGUGUUUGUGGAUGCAGCGGAGAACGUGAGCCCGAAGGAAAAGCCUGUCGAGCUCAAGAAGACGGCGGUAGGGGUGACGGCGCACCACACACGUUCGUCGUCCAAACACAAGCUUGACGACGGUGACGGUGUGGAGGAGGAGAGUCGGACUAGCAAGCGGGCCAAGGUGGACGCCGGGGACAGCGAGCAGCAGCAGCAGCGUGCCGCCAAGACGGAGCCUGUGGUCGAGGGAGACGCCGCAGACGACGAGAAGGACACGGCGGCGGUGCAGACCCGGGCCAAGACCCGGAGCAUGACGAGCCACAGCAAGGAGCGGCCGGCGCCGCCGACGAAGGCCGAGAGCAAGAAGUUCCAGCAGCUGUCCGUGCAGCUCAUCAUGCACAUCUCCUCCCACCGGAUAGCGUCGAUGUUCCUCAACCCGGUGAACGCCCACGACGAGCCGCAGUACUACGAGUUGAUCAAGCGGCCUGUCGACCUGAAGACCAUAGUGAAGCGCAUCAAGGCCGGGGAGAUCGCCACGCUCGAGCGGCUCGAGCUCGAGAUGCAGAUCAUGUUCACCAACGCCAUCAUGUACAACGACAUGGGCCAGGAGGACGUGUACCGCGGCAUCCUCGACAUGAAGAAGGAGUGGGCCGGCUUGGUGUCCAUGCUGAGGGAAAACAUGUAG